AGCGGCAGAGCCCCCCCCUCGCGGCGGGCGGCGGCCACCCGCCGGGCCGGCGGGCGGGAUGGGCCACACGGCCCGCCCGCGCCCCGCGGUCGCGAGCAUAGGCCCAGAGGAUGGCGGCUCGGCGCGGCAGCCGAAGGACGCUGACGGCGCGGGGCCGCCGACCGCCGCGGGGCUGCAGCCCUGCGAGUCCGCAAGGUCCGACCUCGCGCGCGACGGGUGCUCGUCAGCGCGGCCGCACUUCAAGGGCGACGUCACCCCGCCGGAAUGCAACUCCGACAACGAGUCCAACUCUGUGGGGCACCCGCUCACGCCGAGGAGCAACGUGGACGACGCAGAUUCCCAAGGCGGCUGGGUCUCCGAGCCUGGCUCCGAGCCCAGCCGGCGGGGCGGCAGCGCGGGCAGCGGCAGCGGCGCGAGCCUCAGCGCCGGCGCGGGCGGAGGAGAGCCAGCGGCAGCGGCAGCGCGAGCCCAGAACCCAUGAGCCAGCGAGAACAAAAAAGGCCACUCUUCACCGGGGACGGAACGCUCAAUCUGCUGGGCGGCGCCACGUACUCGGGCCAGAUAGUGGAAGGCCGGGCUCAUGGCCGGGGUCGCUUCGCGCUGCCGGGCGGCGACAACUACGAGGGCGAAUUCGCGUUCGACCAGGCGAACGGCGAGGGCACCUGGAGGGGCACCGAUGGCAGGGUGUUCACGGGCCAGUGGCUCAACGACACGCAGCACGGUGAGGGUACCGAGGUUCUAGCCAAUGGCAGAACUUACACGGGCAGCUUCGUGGCCGGCCAGAAGCAGGGCGACGGCAGAUACGAGUGGAAGGACGGCUCUGUCUACGAUGGCCAGUUCCAAGACAACUACAUGCAUGGCCAAGGCGUUUACAUUUGGCAUUGCGGGGACUCCGGGAGGAAGUACGAGGGCGAGUGGUUCAAGGGCAAGAUGCAUGGCCAGGGUAAGUAUUCGUUCUCUUGCGGCGCCUGCUACAUCGGCCAGUACAGGCGCGGCCAGAAGCACGGCGGCGGGACGUUCACUUGGCCGGACGGGCGCUCGUACACGGGCCAGUGGAGUGGCGGCAAGCAAGACGGGAGCGGGGUGAUGACGAACACGAAUGGCGAGACCGUCACGCAGACGAUCCAUGAAACGUGGGCAGGCCUCGGAGCAGCGGCUGAUAAGCGGGUGGGCGACUUGGCAGCUCGGGUCCAGCCGCUCGAGGCGCAGAUUCUCGAGCAGAAACACAAGAUGCAGGCAGUGGAGACUGAACGCAAGCGGCUUCGGACGAUGUUCGUGGAGGAGAUGGGUGUCGUGCGCGCCGCGGUCCCAGAUCCAGUCAUCCGCUCAGUCCCUGGCACCAGGUUUUCGAGAACCGUCGACCCGUGCAUCAAUGUCGUGCGGUGCCAGGAGCAGAUCGCCCGCUCGAGUGCCAUAAACGUACUCAGGCCGCGGAUGCGCGAGUGCAACGUUCCUGUUAAUGGACUCUGGAGGGAGACCCAACGGCCAAACGCUUCACACUUCGGCUCAAAGGCGCAGUUGGCUUUGCGAGCAGGCGAGCCCAACACGCUUUCACGAUGCUUCGCCCUUUUUCAGAAAGGAGGUGAAUGGAGGCGAUUCCGUGGACUUUCUGUGGAUGUGUCGCAAUGCGAGAUCAACGUGGGCCCAGACAAGAAAGCCGAACAAAUCCAACGGGAGCUCGCGCUCAAGAGCGUGCGAAAGGUGCUGGCGGGCAUCUAUCCAUCGAAGACGUUCUCCCUGGACAAACAGAAAGGCUCGGCCUCGACGAAUUGGAACCCUCUCGUGCAAGCGCAGCCCAAGCCAGACCAGGAGGUGCCCGAGAUCAUUUUCGCGAUGGCUAACAUGCGGGCGGAGGGCAUCGACCGCGGGCAGAUCGAGAGGAGGAUUCGCCGUGCACGACGGACGCCGAUAGCGGCGACAUAG